UAAAAGUGCCUAAUUUCAGACUAUUCAGGUAAAAGCAUAAAUAAGACUCGUGUCUCGUGUCUCGUGUAUGAACAAUUCAACAAUUAUAUCAGUCGUAUGAUCUGCUUUCGAAAAACGGAUUUGUGUUGAUAUCUGUGUACGUAAUUUAUAAAUAAUUAAUAUUUAUUCUUCGCGAUUGUGUUUAUACUGAAAAUGGCAGGCAUGAUAAACAGGUUAUGUUUGGCUCUUCAAAGAUUUGAACAGACAAUUCUUCAAACAAUUUUUGGCCGUGGCUUUCCUCCAGAAUUAUGUGCAAUUGAUUGCAACAGUUUCCUGAAUGAACCAAAACCAGCUAACCAUUUUGGUAGUCGAUCUUUAGAAGAAAUUUUCAAGAAUGGAAUUCUGUGGGCUGUUCCAAAAAAGCGGCGUACUCUAGAAAAGAGAUUCGGCAGAAGAUUUGGAGUUGAGAAAUAUUGUUGGAAGCCACCUGUUCCAAAAACUAAUUUAAUAAUGUGUGCAAAUUGUGGUCAUGAUUACGAAGCCGGCCGUUUAUGUGGACACUGUUACGAAAAAGUGAAGAUUGAAACCAAAGAAAUCAGAGAUGCCAUAAUAAAAGAAUUAGGUUUAAGUCCGGUAGAAGAAAAUGUAAUUGUGUUAUAUGAUGGAGAAAAAGAUGAUAAAUCACAUGAAUUUUGGAAGAACCAAAGAGUGAUUGAGAUGCCAAAGAAAAGACCUUCGUGGUUUCAUCGAAACUUACUUGAGCCUACAACACAGGAGCCGUCAGAUAAAAAGGAUGUUAAACCUACAAAUCUUGCCUAAGGUUCUGCAAGGUCCUUUUUAAUCUAGUUUGCUGUCCGAGUAAGGCAUCUUUAGCUUGGAACAAGCGAAUUUCAACCUGUUUCAUUUGUUCCAAUGAAUCUGUAUCGGAAUCUUCUGGAUAUGUAAAACCAAUUUUUUGUAAAUUCAAUUCCGAGUUAUUCUGUAACUCCACCAUCUGCAUGAAAUGACGAACAUUGCAUAAAAUAUAUUAAUCGA